GCGGCGCGGCGGGCAGCGGGCGCGGGCAGAGCCGCGGGCACCACCAGCGACGCCGCCGCCGCCAGCGCUGUCGGGCGGAUCCGCGCUCGCCGCUUUUGCCGCGUGACUUUGGCAGCGCGCCGCGGGGACAUUAUGCCGAAGAGAAAGUCUCCAGAGGGUGCUGAAGGCAAGGAUGCAGCAAAAGUAACUAAACAAGAGCCCACGAGACGAUCAGCAAGAUUGUCAGCUAAACCUGCUCCACCAAAACCUGAACCCAAGCCAAGGAAAACCACUAAGAAGGAACCUGGAACAAAGGCCAACAAAGGUGCUAAAGGGAAGAAGGAUGAAAAGCAAGAAGCUGCAAAGGAAGGUACUACACCAUCUGAAAAUGGUGAAAAUAAAGCUGAAGAGAUUCGCAUCUCUCGCUCAACUGUUAGUGUUUCAACAUCCAGAGGUGCCCCACCCUGCACACUGUCAGUAAAAGGGCAGAUUGAAACAGUGAAAGUUAAGGGUACGGUAGAGCAUUCUACUUGUGUGCAGUGAAUAGGAACAGAUAGUAGUGUGGUGCUUUUCAGUAUGAACCAUGGAAGCUGGCAGGUAAGGCUCACAUUGCUUUUGAAAAGCUGGGUCCAACGCAUUAAGAAGAGUGUGUGAAUGUACCUGUUUUGUUUGUGUAAAUAUAAUGUUGAGGUAGGUUUGAAACCGAGCUGUUACAAGUAAGAAAUGGAAGGAGUAAAGAUAGCGUGGGUGUUUAUAGACAUAAUGGCAAUUUACCAUAGUAAUUAAUUCCUUUCUCUCUUCU